GGAGUCGCGACCUUCCGGUUUUCCGAUGGCCGUGCAAAAUAUCGCGAAAUGUCAAAUUAGCAUACCCGCGGCGAGGUGCGUGUGCGUGACUCUACGGCGUUUCGGCGCGGCCGCGAUCGAGCCGGCGGCGUGGUGCUCCGGCGGCCGGUGACGUUUGCGGCACACGACGGGCGCCGACGAGACGUCGCUUCGUCGUCGUCGUCGUCGCUGCGAAACGAACAGGGCCUGUGGUCGCAGGCUGAAAUUAUGAUGUGACAGUACCCGAAGCAUCCGAGGAGAGUGAUGGCUUCGAUCUGCCGACGCUGGAGACUAUGGAUAUUGCCUGUGCUGACCUGCUUGUACGCGCUGCUUAUCGUUAUACUUGUACCAAUCUUGCUAGUCAACUCCAUCAAGAAUGGGAUUGAGAAGCAAGAUCAGGGUGCGCUGGUGGGUGGAGCUUUCGUCCUGCUGGCGCUGCCCAUCGCCUUUUACGAAAUUGUCCAGCACAUGAUAUACUACACGCAACCUAGGCUACAAAAAUAUAUAAUAAGGAUAUUAUGGAUGGUACCUAUCUACGCGGUGAAUGCUUGGUUAGGUUUGGUGUAUCCUGAAGGAAGUAUAUACGUGGACAGCUUGAGAGAAUGCUACGAAGCUUAUGUAAUAUACAAUUUUAUGAUGUAUCUACUGGCCUAUCUGAACGCCGACCACCAGUUGGAGCACAGACUGGAGAUCUCUCCUCAAGUGCACCACAUGUUCCCCCUGUGCUGCCUACCCGAUUGGGAGAUGGGCAGAGAAUUUGUACAUAUGUGCAAGCAUGGGAUUUUACAAUAUACAGCUGUUAGGCCUAUUACAACUUUAAUAUCGUUCAUAUGCGAAUUGAAUGGAGUCUAUGGGGAGGGUGAAUUCAAGGGGGACGUCGCUUUCCCGUACAUGAUUGCUCUAAACAAUCUGUCGCAGUUCGUCGCCAUGUACUGUCUGGUACUCUUUUACCGUGCCAAUGUAGAGGCCUUGAAGCCAAUGAAGCCAAUCGGAAAGUUUUUAUGCAUCAAAGCUGUCGUGUUCUUCUCGUUCUUUCAAGGAGUGCUAAUAGCUCUUUUGGUAUACUUCGACGUCAUAUCGAGUAUUUUUGGUACGGCUGACUCAGAUACGGCUGCCAUCAGAAAUAUAUCGUCCAAACUGCAGGAUUUCCUAAUUUGCAUAGAGAUGUUUUUAGCCGCGGUGGCGCAUCACUAUAGCUUCUCUUACAAACCGUUUGUCAAUUUGGCGCAGGGUCAAGCAUGGUGGGACGCAUUUAGAGCAAUGUGGGACGUUUCUGACGUGCAUAACGACAUAAAGGAACACUUGGGCGUCGUCGGCUCGUCCCUAAGCCGCAGGAUACGCGGACGCGGUGCAUAUCAGCAGGCUUGGGGAAGCGCGACGGAGCGUACGUCGCUCCUGCCCGAGGCCACGGUGGUGGUGAGCCAAGCGAGAAGCGCGCCUGCCUGUUCGUUCUCGGACUACAACACCGAGGCCGGACUUAACAAUAAUAAUCCAUCCGUCGGAGAAUCCGAGGAGGCGACCGUGAACACGCUGGACAGCAGUAACGCCAUCAAUACGUAGCCGAUACAACCCGAAUUCAUCCGCGUGGGAACGGUACUAGGUACUCGGCGUCCGUUGCCAGACCGGCUUACUUUAGCGCGGACAGCGCUCUUUAAUAUUCUAAAUGGAAAGGGAGGAAAACAUAUAUUUAUAUAUAUAGUUUUCCAACAGCGUUCUCCAGCGUACGCAAUUGUACAAAAUCAUCAUGAUCAUUUACUACAUCACAUGCGUAUCGCGUCAAAAUGUAUUGAUAUAUGCGGUGUAUCCCGGGACCGCGUGAUGUUCCUUGAAUCACGGUCGAUUCGGAGAUGAUCUUCCAUCAAUGAGAAUGUAUGGGACAAUUCUUGACAAUUGUAUCUGACAUUCUCAUUCUGAGCUCGGAACUGAAAUUCUGUAUUUAAAUUUCGCCCGAAAUUGAUAAGAAUCUGCGAGAUCUCGAAUGUCUAUUCCAUCGUGAAAAUCGUCGGUAUUGAAUUAGCUGAAGGAUUUCUAGGAAAGGGACAUCUCGGCAGUCUCGGGACAUCCUGCGCGACGCGAUUUAUGACUUAAGGAAUUUGAUACGACGAGCGAUGAAUUUUUUGAGGAACUCGCUUUGUUACGUUCUUACUUUGCGAAAAACACUCGUGCAUUUUAUGUUACCAAAUGAUAUAUAGUACCAAAUACUAUGUACAUAAAUUUAUAUAUACGUAGAAAGAAAUGUGAUCCCGUAAUGAUAUUUGUACAUACCUUGAACGACUAACGCGUCACAAAACAUCACAUUUUAUCACACGUCCAACAGAUGUACUGAUCUUAUUUUUUUUUUCUUCCACUUGAGGUCUGUUUUUUAUAGCUGAACUGGCUACACUAGUUGAGAGUUUAUCUUUCUUCUUCCAAUAUAGAAAGAGAAAGAUAAACUGUGAACUGCAGCAGUUCAGCUAUAAAAAACAGGCCUUUGAUGUAUCGAAGGCCACAAGAACGAGCCGUCCGGAUAUUAGGCGACUCGAGUUCUCUAUCUGUCCGUAUCCGUUCUAUUCUUUUUCGCUUUAUAUAUAUAUAUAUGUAUACAUAUAUAUUAUAUACACGCGAAUGUGUAUAUCGCACUCUGUAUAUUAAUUUAAAUUUAUUUUACGAUUACACUCUAUAUAUCAGAAAUAAA